AUGACGCAUCGCGAGAUACUGCAGUCGAUCCGGGAGGACGAUUUUGUGGAAUAUUUUUUGUUUCCCGAACGCCCAUCCGAUCCUUCCGAUGUGGAGCUGGAAAACAACGAAAACUCCUUGGAGCCACUUCUGCAGCAGGUGAACCAACUCGCGGAGAUUUUCUGCCAGCGGUACAUCUGGCAUCGGGACGGGUUUCGAGUGGUUCCAAGGCUACUGAACGAUUCGCGUAUGCUCAUCGCCGCUGCAACCGGGGACAGUGAGACCAACGCAAAACUACCAUCUCAUCUGUACGGGAUUUCGCACGUCGGUGACAACGUUCAAGAUGAGUGGUUCAUCGUCGCCCUGCUGUUUUAUCUUACCGAACGCAUCCCCGGCCUGGUGGCACGCGUAGUGGAUGCCGAUGGAGAGUUCCUUCUAAUCGAAGCCGCGGAACAGCUGCCCCGAUGGGCGAAUCCAGAAUGCUGCGAGGGUAAAGCAUUCAUAUGCAAUGGAACGCUGCGCCUCGUGGGACCACCGGAAAAUGAGGCUGAGAAGUCGAUCGACGUGCAGCAUGCACUCGAAAUGGUCCGCGGAACGGAGGGAAUGCAGUACUGUGUCAGCGAAGAGGUGGACCAAUGCAUACGGGAGAGGAUUCAGGGAUUUCCGGACAAUAUUGCCGACCACCAUCAUCGCGCGACGGUUAACGUUCCGGUUGGUGUGGCGGCGGUUUUGCGCGAGAAUCCUCAAUUAAUCGCUCCGGCAGUGUUGGCUUUCUGCGGUCGCGAUCCGAUCGAUCUGAAAGCGUGCCGGGCGAUGAGAUAUUUUCCUCCCGAAAACUGUGUGAAUGUUAGCGUCACUUUCACAAAAUGUUUGUACGCGAUGCUCGCUCAGAGUCGGUACCUUCCGGAUCGACGCACGGGUUGGAGCAUCCCACUGUCGACUGAUCCCGACUACAAAGCGCACAUGCUGGGUGUGAAGCUAGCCUGUGGGCUAGAAAUACUAGCAUCGCAGGCAAAAUCAUCCCGCACUGAUUGGGAAACGGACAAGGGAUGGAAGAGUUACUAUGAAUCUCUCCAAGCAAAGGGUUACUUCCGCGACAAUAUCGAAGGUUCGCAGGAGCACACAAAGCUGCUAACCAUCGCCCGAGAGUACUAUGUAGAUAACAGGGACUCGAUGCGUACCAUGCCGAAGAUUGGAGAAGAAAUCGUUUCGAUUCUCAAACGCAACGAAUGGGACGUGGAGGAACUGCGAAAGGAAGGGCUAGAUCUGCCGCCCGCAGACAGUGACGAGUGGAUGAACAUCUCGCCAGAGGAGCUGGACCGGAUGCUUACCAAGCGUUACGGAGCGAAGAAGCUGUUUUCGCUAAAUGGCAACGCAAAUGCGGCUGAAACGUUCACCACGAUGGUGAGCGAUUUUCUGGACCAGAAAAGCGAGUUCGACGGUGUGGUGGGACCGGAGGAUGAACGAGCAGCCAAGGAAGUACUGUCCAAGCUUGAUCUAGGCCCUUUCAAGUCUCCCACGAAACCCAAACGAACGAAGAGCAAAAAUGCACACGAUCGCCAGGCGAAGGGUCACCAUCCGGCGGCGCCAUCAGAAACAGCCACCAAUGAAUCACCCUUCCACCAGUCGGCAACGGUUGAUUUCGAUGCGGGUGCGUUUGGGAUGCACGUGCGAAACAUGCUCGACCUGUUGAUUCCCGAAGAUCGAUGGGAUUCGUCAGACGAAUCGGACAUGAGCGAUUACAGCCAGGAUGAGUAUGAUCGCAACAUCGAGGAUAUGUCGCCAACACGUACGAACAGAGCGGUCCAAAACGAGCUGAAAACGUACAUGAACCAGAUGGAUCGUGAGCUGGCGAGCACCACCAUCGGCAGGAGCUUCGAAACGGCGAUCGACGACGACGAUACGGAUGCCAAACCGUCCGCUUCGAAUGGCGGCACGGCGGGAGACGACUUCGAUGACAUCGAGACGUUUAAGCCCGUCAACAUCGACGUGAAUACGCUGCGGAACAUGAUGGAAAGCUAUCAGUCGCAGAUGGGAGGACCUGGCCCGGCUGCCAAUUUGCUCGGCUCGAUGGGCGUCCAGAUAUCGAAAGCUUCGAAGGGCGAGAAAGGAAGCACCCAACAAACGGAUGUCUAAUGGCGUUCGAAUGCUCAAAAAGUGCGGUGGUACUUGGGUCUGGGAAUGUGUACUUCCCCAGGGUAUGACCGUUUUUUGUUGUCGUAACGCUUACCACUUCCUCCGUGCCAGAUAGACGAGUGCUAGUAAUGGACAUUCUCCGCUUAUCCUAAGAUGCACCACCAUGCUACAUCCCAAUCCACUUGCGUCCAUUUUGUUAGUGCAUUUUACCAUCAUCAGUAGCGGUAAGAACAUAGUUUUAGUCGGAUUGAAUCCACCUUCAUUUUAUCUCGCUAAGCGUACCCUAAGCUCGCGAAUAUCAAUCUUUCCUUCGGGGGUUUCUCUAGCAGAUAAGAUAAGAGCCCUAGCUCUAAGGAGCGUGAGCUGUAUUCGUUGGUUAGGUUAAAGAGUUUACGCAGAUAUAGCAUAGAGUGUCAUACGAAUUCGAAAUAAGGAGAAAGAGAAUUAGAGAGAGAGAGAGAGAGAGAGAGAUAUCUUGAAAAUAAAAAAGAUUUCCUUGGUGCUGGAUCGUAAACGUACGUACAAAGAAGGUAGUUAAAAAGUAGGAUCGACAGUAAAUGUGGAAGUAUAACCGUAUAACAGUGCGAUAUGAAGAACCGAAUUAGGUUCGACUUUGACGCGUGUUCCUCCUCCAUCGUCCAAGCUACAGAACGCUGCCUAUGUUUUGCUUAGAACCUUUACGCCACAAAUCGAGACCUCAUUUUGAAUGUUAGGGUAAUCGGAGAGUAAUGUCGCUACUGCGUACGCCAAUGCAUCGAAGAAAUACCAUUCUUGAUCGACUGGUCAAGGACAUUCGGAGUCGAAUGAGAAAGCUGACAAAGCCUGGCUUGUGUUCGAGUGUCGCAUGAUCUCUCCAAAACGAACAAGGCUGGCGUAGCAACACGACAAGGCCAUACUUAAUUACUGUGCAUCUUUGAUGUAAAAUGAAAUGAAGCUGGUUGUAUUGAGCGUAUGAACGACAUUACUUUCCGGACCCUGCCUGAAAGAACGCGUACGCUUACCGAUUUGUCAUGAUCUGCAUUAGCAAAAAGUAAUAAUAAUCUGGUACAUCGAAAACAGUAUCUCCAUUAGGAAUGGGGUAAGAAAGUGCGAAACCAAUUUUGUAUGUCGCUGUAGUUCUUGAAUAAAACGA